AUGACUCAUACAUUUUUUUGGUCAAGUCAAAACCGUGAGAAGAGUAUUUCAUUAGCGAACUCAAAUGAUUCACAAAUACAAUCAGUUCUGUUUGAAAUUGAAAUAUCAAAACGUACUACAGUUUCAAAAGCAUUCGUCACUUUUACCAAUUUAGAUAAUUUAGAAGAAAAUACAGAGACUUUAUUCAUGUUUGGUACUAUAUUUUAUUUGUCAAGUGUUUCAUACGUUGAGGAAGAUAAAUUGUGGAUGAUCAAAUUAAUAUUGUGCGAUGAUCGAAAUGAUGAUAUUAAAGCAGUAUUGAAAGAAGUAGCAGGCCAUUUGCAAGAGAAUAUUGAACGUCUUGGUUUCAACGGUGAUCGGUAUAAUGAAACCUCUUAUAACAACGUAUAUCAAGCAAAUCAAUCGUUGACAAAUGUAACUGAUGUUGAUCUACCAGAAAUUCCACUUCCAUCUUUGUACUCAUCAAAGCGUCAAGGACCUAUUACAAUAUUAGAAAGUUUUCCAUUAACGACAAAGGAUGAAAACAUGUUACACAUAACCCCUUCCAUCGACACUAUUGCAUCGAUGGAUGCUGCAUUCGAACUUUCCUUGGACACACCCCAAAAUCGUGUACGAUGGAGAAUUUAUAUUCUUUGGUGUCAAACUGAUAUACGUAAUAAUGCUCAAAGUUAUUGGAAGUUUCGAAUUCAGCUAGAGAAACUUCAUUUGAAUGUACGAUAUUUUGAUACGAUAGACGAAACUGUUCAAGAAAUUAGUAGAUCUAAGAAUGAAUUAUACUUUUUAAUUACCUCAGAUGGAUUAGCUGACUUUUUGAUCUCACAAGUUCAUGAUCAUCCUCGUGUAUUCUAUUUAUAUAUUUUAUCAGAAUUUACAGUAGACAAGAACACAUCAAACUUAUUAUCAAACUAUGAAAAAAUUCGAAUAAUAACUGACAAUCAACAAACAAUAUAUAAUCAAAUUGCUUCUGACUUGAACAAUACCGUUGAAAGUCUUCUGCAGCAUUCUAACGAAAUCGAUGAUGACAGUAGUUUUAAUCAAAUCAGUUUCAAUGUUGAUGAAGAUUUUACACCAAUAGCAAUUAUUGACAGCGACUAUCGACCAGGAAAUUUAUUUCGUGAUGUAUCUUAUGAUGAAUCUGUUUUUAUGGGGUUUCAAUUACUUAUCAAGAUAAUCUAUUGUUUAGAGUUGACAGAUGAAGAUAAACAUGAUAUGAUUCAAUAUUGUCGUAGUAAAUGUGAUAACAACAAAAGUGAGUGA